CUCGGCUUUCUGGCGCAACAAUAACAAAUACGUAAAAUUUCAGUUGAUAUUGAUUUUCCCCCAGUGGAUCCCAAAAUUGAGCGUGGAACCAGGUACCAGCGACCAGCGACCAGCUACCAGCCGGCAUCAGCUGUUGGCCAAGUUGAAAGCAACAACAGCCGUUUAAAAAAAACAACUGCGCCGCGAUAAAAUUGUUUGCCAAUAAGAAUAGAGCUUAGUGCGAAGUGGAAGCCGAAAGAUAAAGGAACGUGGCUGUAGCUGCAGCUGCAUCAGAUACAUUUCCAGAUACAAUUUCGAGAUACGCGCGAGAUACUGAAACUUCAGAAAAAACAGGAAGAGAAGCCACCAUCCACCACCAUCGCUGCUCAAGUCCCGGCCAUGUUCAAGUUUUUGAAAAGCAAACUGUAACGUAUUUAAAAAAAAAAGGCCUACAACAAACAAAAAAAAAACUAUACAAAGUUAUCCGCAAAAAAACUAAAAAAAAAAAAACAUCAAAACAAAGCGUGACAAAAAAAAAAAACUACGUUUCUGCGACAAAAACAAUGCGCGAAUUUGAGGCUUCUCAAUUCAUUCCGAAACUAAAUCGUUUGGUUAUUGUGCGCCAUGGAGAAAGCGACUUCAAUAUCGGAAAUCGAUUCUGCGGCUGGCACGACGCUCCAUUGAGCGCCAUUGGCGUUAAAGAGGCUCUCACCGUCGCUGUUCCAGCCCUGCUACAGUCGAAGCUGGAAUUCGAUGUAGUCUACACAUCGGUGCUAAGCCGAUCCCGUGAAACCGCCGACAUGAUCCUAAGCAACAUGAACUGCUCCUAUGUGCCCGUCAAGGAGGACUGGCGCCUGUCCGAGCGCCACUACGGCAAUCUCACCGGGGAGCGGAAGCGCGAGGUGGCCAACACAUAUGGCGAGGAUCAGGUGAUGCAGUGGCGACGGGCCUACGAUGUGGCGCCACCACCGAUAGAGGAGACCAACCGCUACUACUACACCAUCUGCAGCAAUCCCAUAUUCGACGAAGUGCCGCCGGGCCACUUUCCGAACAGCGAGUCCAUGCAUAUGUGCGUCGAGCGGGUGGCGCCGAUGUGGCAGGAGGUCCGCCAGGAGCUUCUCAAGGGCUCCAAGGUGCUGAUGGUGGUCCACGGCACCGUGGCCCGUGCCCUCGUCCAGCUGAUCGAGGGCCUCUCCAACGAUGCCAUUGAAAAAAUCAACAUCGCCAAUUGUGUGCCCCGCGUUUACGAGUUCGAUCUGACCACGGGCAAGUUGAUCGGCGGUGGCAUCAACCUGGGGAAUCCCGACUACAUCAAACGCAAAGUGGCCGAGGUGGCCGCCAUCGGGCAGUGAUCUGGGAACUGAUAUUCCAAUCGAUGAUUUAUGGCAGUCACUCCGAUUCUAAGUUAUGCUACGUAACCCUGUGUCUUUGCUGGAUGAAGUCUGAGUUGUUUGGAUUUAAGUCUUAAAUAUUAUAAAUUUAAUUUAUUUUGUCUAACCUAUCAAAUAUUUUGGGCCAAAAAUAUAUACAUUUUAUACU